GACGGCAUCGCCAUAUCCAUAGACAUAUUGUUCGACUUGCGCAAAGAUGCAGCGAGCACGACUUGACUUUAAGAAAAGAUGCGAUGCGACAGAAGAAACACCUGGUCAAUGCAGAUGAGAAGAUCUGAAGGAUUCUAGCACUGAAUAUACCAGUAGCAGGAUGCAGCCCACGUUCUUUAAACUUCCGCCCAAAUGGGCGCAUUCUUGCAUCCUACCCCGUGCGUCGGUGUUGCUGGUACAUCUGCGCAGCAGCCCCGACCCCAAGGCAAAAUUCGCCGACGAACCGGGGGGUCUGCAGCAUGCAGCAGCACAGCCCAGCGCUGGGUCCAAUACCUCCUCCCGGGAAUUAAUUUGCCGAUGCUGACCACAGGACAUCUUGUGUACCACCCUGGCAGUGAAUUCGCUGUCAGCAACGGAGAGUCGCACCUUUGCAGUAAUGCCCUCGCGCGCACGCUGCGGGGGCCUGAUAACGUCCGCCCGAUAUAGACGAUUUAGCGCGCCCGCGAAGGCUGUGGGUGCGGGAACGCCCAACGCAGUUU